AGGCAUCAAGUCUGCCAGAGAUCCACAAGAAGAAGAGCGAGCAAACGAAUGAGGAAAAAUUACGGUCUAACUCAUUUUCCGGGUCCAUGUUUGUUGUUUGUUCAGGAUGCUGCUGGUUUUGUCUGAAGACCAUAAAGAACACCUCGCCUUUCUGCCGAAGGUCGAUGCCGCAGUGGUUCGAGAGUUUGGCCGCAUAGCACUGGAGUUCCUACGAAGAGGAAGCAGCCCCAAGAUCUAUGAGGGAGCAGCCAGGAAGCUGUGUGUUCCUGUGGAUAUGGUGCAGCAUGGAGUGGAAGGCCUGAUGUUCCUGAUGACAGAGAGCUCAAAGCACAUGAUCUCUGAAAUGGAUUUCCUGGACUCAGUGUUGGCUUUGGGGUUUGGUGAUGAGCUUAACCAGAUCCUCUUACAGCUCUACCUGCAGCACCACAGUCAAAUCCGCAGCAUCCUGAGUCAGCUGCCCUCCAACCUGCCUGCCUACCACAACCUGGAAUGGAGACUGGAUGUACAGUUGGCAAGUCGUUCUGUGUGCCAGCAGGUCAUUCCCAUGCUGACGAUGCGGCUGCUCCUGACAGGAAGAGCUGGCAGUGACCGCAGCAGCAGGGUUCUCCAGACAGACCCCAGCACCCUCCUGCACCUCAUCUCUACGCUGGAGGCUGCUCUGUCUGCCAUAAAAACUAGUCACUCUCGGCGCGUAUUACGCAACAUUAAAUAACCACCUAGGUCACUUUCUGUUUAAUAUGUGUGCGUCUGCUGGAAAACAUUAAGCAGUGUCUGUUUCUUUUGGUCUGGUCCUGGAUGUUAAACUAAGUUUUUGCCCAUCCGACUGGCAAAUGGUCGUCUUGAAUUACAAUAUGUGCCAAACGGUAUUGACUGUAUUGUACAUAAGGUUUCUACAGCGCUGCUGAUAUUGCAUUAAAGUGUGACACAGAGCUAAAA